AUGAAUACAUUCUCUGCGUCUUCGAACCUUUCUUCCUACGUGGACGCGUACCCGGCCUCCAGGUACUCCGCGGCUCCGGCGGCUCCGGCGGCGGCGUCGUCGUCUGGUACCCAUCACGAGUCGACCGAGCGGCUCCACUACUGGAACGAAGACUCGUCCAUCAGCUCUGGCUCGGACUCCAGCUCCGACGCCUCUGCGUUCGCCUCAGAUGAUUCUGGGAACUUCCACUACACGAUCGAGACGAGGACGCCGCGAGACAACACCGGUCCUGAGAAGGUCGAUAUUCAGCCCUACCCUCGUCCCGCCGCGUUCCCUGGAGAAGAUCCCUUCAUCACUCAUCGCAUGGGGACUACGCAGUACGGCGAAUUCUCCGAGCACAACAAGCGCUCCAUCUUGUCCAUGCUCAAGGACAAGAAGAACAACGCGCGUCGUGCCUUGAAGGCCAAGUUCCGUCGCGACGACUACUACUCCGACGAGGAGUCUGAGGAGGAGUGGACGGAGGUCGAUAUUCCUCAGCAUCCUGAUCUUGCCGACAGGAUUCUGAGGAAAGAGACCCGUGGCCGCGAAAAGUACAUCGCCGAAGCUGUGGCAGCCAUUCAACGCGAAGCCGAAAGCGCUUCUACGUCUCCUCCUGAGCCCGCCGCUACCAUUGCACCCAGCUUGUCCACCUUUGAUCUCCAGGCAGCUCAGUCGAUUCAGUCGUUCAAGUCGAGCACCUUGGUCCUCUCCGUCCCAUUCGGCUACUGCGUUCCGCCCGACUCUGAGGAGUUCAUCCGGUCCAUUCCCGAGCACCUUGCCGAAUUCGUUGCGAACGGCGGUAUGACCGUGAGGCUCGUCGAGCGCGCCGACCGUGCUCCCAAAUCCGAGAUGCACAUUCCGACUCUCGUCGCGCGCGCCAGGGACGGUACACCCGCGGAUGGCGUGACGAGUUAUGACAUCCCAGUGCGCUCGCCUCUCGUCCAGGUGCAGGACUGCGUGGAGGACAACGAAGACUUGCCCGUCGGGGUGCAUCCCGACGACGCGAGUUCGACCUGUUCCUCCCUCUCAGCCAGUCCAACGACGCCCGACUUGAUCCACUCGCACGAGUCGGAGGUUUCAACGCCUACUACGGCCGGUAUCCUCUCUCCUCCGGCGAUGUACGCUGGUGUUGGCAUCGGCCACCCUUCUUCAUCUCCAUUCGCGAAGCGCCCAGGCUUUGAGAAGCCCAACCUCACGCCUCCGACGGAAGAGCUUCUCACGCGUGUCAACGAGCGCCUCUACUCCUGGUCCACCGCGUCCUCCGCACAAUCUGAGAACGAUCCGCCUGCGAGCCCAGUCAUCGGCGCUCGCUUUGCCGCGCCGCAUGCUCACCGCCACGAACAUCCUUUGUACCCUCCAGUGCAGUGGGGCGGUAACUUGGCGCGCCGCGUGCGCGAUCCUCGCGAGCCUCCGAGGAACGUUCACUUCAAUGCGGACGUCAAGGUUAAGUUCAUCGAACCUCGCGGUACCCGUUGGCGUAGCCCCAGUGAGGAGUCCGACUACGUCGAGGGUCAGUGGAGGGCGGAGGAGGGAUGGACGUGGGUCGACGAUACCGCGAUGAUGCCGAGGCAUAAUGAGUACUACGAGUUCCUGGUCGACCACGAGCGCAUCUGUCUCGCCUUCAAGCGCAUCAUCUUCUUCUGGAUGGAUUGA